GAGAGGAGAGUCUCCAAUCCUGUAGCAAUACUUGAGUUAGUGGCUACUGCAACCCCAUCAAGAUUGAAUGAACACUUUGAGCGGGUGUAUAAAUAUGCUGGUAAACUUUCUCCUUCAGAGGAUUUCAAGAAUGCUUUUAUGAGUGCCAGAGUAAAAGAUGCUUCUG